GAGGCAUCAAAAGCCACAGCGGCUGGAUGGAUCACAAAGCCGUGAAGCUUGAGGCGGCAUUUCCAUCAUGUCUGUUGCUGGUACAUGUAGUCGUACAGGUCCUACCAUUUUUAGUGAUAGCGACUGUGGUUGUGCUGCCAUUGACCAUGAUUUUUCGUUUCGUGUGACCUUGCCCGACAGUCCGUCUGCUACUGCCACUGGUUUGGAAUGCAAUGAUGCUGUUGUUGUUCCAUUGGGGUUGAAGACAUCGUUUGAUCAAGACGGCUUUGUGGCCAUUCCCAACGUGUUGGACGAAUCGACCGUGAAGGCAUUGAAUGAGCGCCUCGAGUGUGUGCUGCUGCAAGGAGACUACAAUCGAAACCAACCACCCGAUAAGGUUCCCAAAAUAUCAGCGACUACUGUAAGCAUGAGUACCCCCCACAAACGAGUCUAUCAAAUCAUCAACAUUCACAAAUGCGAUUGUCUCUUUCAUCAAUUGGCAACGAGCGCCACACUGGGACGUGUGGUGGCCCAAUUGGCCGGUUGGACGAGCAUUCGGUUGGCCCAAGAUCAAGUCUGGGCCAAACCACCCGGGGCGGCACCACUGGUCUUUCAUCGCGAUGCGCCCUAUUUCCAAUUUGAUGAUCCGCGUCUCGUCACGGUAUGGAUUGCACUGGAUACCAUGCAUGCCACAUUGGGACCGUUGGAGUAUGUCCCGGGCAGUCACAACUGGGAUUCUUCUUCUGCGUCAAGUGGAUCCAUGCGUCAAUUCUAUUCCAACAAAAACAGCAGUUAUGAUACCAUGAUGAGAGCUGCCGCCGAACGAGAAGGAUUGAAGGAUAUCAACGUGGUCAGUAUGGCAGGAUUGCCGGCCGGAAGUAUCACCAUUCAUCAUGGAACCACAUGGCAUGGAUCCGGGAAAAACCACAGUCCGACGCAACCAAGACGAGGACUGGGAUUGCAUUUUGUACCUGGGCCGGUUCAUUUCACCAUGCAAGCCAAAAAGAGCAAACUCUACUCCAAAUAUGUGCCAGACCAUUGUACGAGUGAUGAAGACUUGCAACAAAUUCCAUUGGAUGCCAACGAGUUUCCCAUUACGUGGCAGCAAUACACAUUAUUGGAGGGAUCAGAAUGAAUAACAACUGUAUUCUAGCAACACACACACAAGACAAGACAGACAUGAUGGGAGACUCCAAGCUGGAGAGCUGGUGCUUUUUUUGGAUACUGAGAUUCAGCCAAUGGAUGGUCGUGUUCACGGCUCGGGGGGUCGACGAUUGACAAACUCGAAAAUGAAAUUGACAGAAUAUAUCCGACGCUGACGAUCUCGAGGAGAAUAGAAUCGCAUCAAGGAUUCCUGUCACCGGCCAAAAUUGUUGCAAGGAACAACUAAGUAGCAACAAACAACGUUUGGAGGGUUGCAUCAUUUCUGAGAUGCUUGCUUGAGGAGAUCAGAUAGAUCACCAUAAUGGGGUCUUGGAGGUCGCUCCAUAACGAUAGGCGGCCUGGCACUCACUGCGGAAAACUCAGCCAUCGCAGUAAAGUGCAGAAAUAUCUGCCUUCCAAGCAGAUGUCCUGGGUUCGAUUCCCAGUGAUUGCAUUAGGUGCCAUUUUGAUAGCUGAACAGUAGCUGUGGAAGUGUUUUGUUCUACUAUCUGCUAGUGCUGUUUGUCUAGUGGCUAGUCUCUAGCUAGCACUUUACGAACGAUCUGAUCUUCUGUAAAGGAAGCCUGCCAAGAGACAUCUCAUCAUGCAGGGAUCGGUCUAGCAAAUCUGGCGAAAUUAGUCUAGCUAGUAGAAGUCCUUGAGGUCCCAUUUUGAUUGUUAUACUUUGUCCAUCUUGAAACACCCCCCACGAUUGCGUUUUGUUCUAGCCCUGUUUGUCUAUUGCUAGCUAGCACUUUUCGAUACGAUAUGAUCAGAUCUUCUUUGCGUCAAGGAAGCUGCCAAGGGCAAUCUCUUCAUUCAGGGGUCGGUCUAGCAAAUCUGGCAUAGAACUGGCCGCAUUCCUAUCUCGAAAGAGUGACAAGGUCAACUUUGCCAUCGCCCUCACCUGGCACUCAGUUCUAUACCGGUAGACCAGCGCCUGCGCGGGAUUCUCGAACUUCUGUUUUGGGGAUUCAGUGACAACAACGCUGUCAAGGCGACCAAACAGCUCCCGUUCUCAUUGCAGUGUACGAUUUGGCAGGAACUGUCCAACGCGCUUCUCGGGGAUCCCUUGAAACCAACGUGAAGUCCUUGAAUGGCAUCAGUAGUCUCAAAGGGAUGGGCGAAUCGGCCGCCACUUCCAAAGCAUAUUUACUCUUCUCUGGAGAAGAAA